AAAAGGAAAAGUGGCUGGAAAACAGAGUGUUGUGUAUUCUUGCAGAGGAGGGACGUCACAGCCCGACCACAGCAGAAGUAGGAUAGGAUCAUACCAAGACAGGAGAGAGAAGUUAAAUCUGACACAUCAAAACAAACGAGAUUACAGCAAAAGGACAAAGUUGAUUCCCGAGGCGACUCGUUGGCGAAUAUCUGAAUAAUAAUAUUAUUAUGUAUGCAUCGUGACAAGUCGCUGCCUUAAAGGGUCCGGGCUAAAAACAAGGUCCUGUUUAUGAUUUCCCGUUCUUCCCCCUCUCUUUCUCUCCAACAAUUCGGCGGAGGUUUUGCGCACCACCGGGAGGUGCCGCUGACUGACAUCAGGAGGGAAUGAAAGUUUGCCAGGCGGGCGGAAUUUUAUUCGACGUAAACACUUAUUGUUUUUGACACCAGGAACGUGUAUUUCAAUCCGAUAAACAUUGUAGAGACUUUUAAAAACUGUGGACAUUAACUGAGCCGAACUGUAACAUCGAAAGCUACACAGAAAUCCUGUUUAAGGCGUGUGCGUGGGUUGCGCCGUAACAUGACGGCUUCAGUGGCAGAUUGACGCGGAUAUCACGAGCGCCGCUGUUUUGGAGCUCGGCUUUUCACAUACCUUGAAGUUCUGCCUAUUUAUUUAUAUAUUUUGUGAUUUAUACUGCUCGUGUAUAUAUUAUUCUACUGGUUUUGACAGAGGUAGGCUUGGCUUAACUUACGCAGUGCUGCCAAAAUGAGUGUAGAGACGGAGCGCAGUGUGGCACAUCUGAUUCAAGCUCAUGUAAAUGUUGCCAUGCAAUCUUCAGGAUUAUAGGCUCAACCUCAGCCUUUAUCAUCGAUAAAUGCUCGCUAGGCAUUUCUCGAUCGUCUCCGGCUAACACUUGCCUGAAGAACCGGAUCACUUAGCCUUAAAGAACCCUUUGUUUUCCGAUAAAGAAGAAACAAACAUUUUAUGGUCAGAAAUCCUGCAGCUGUUGUCAGUUAAACUGGUCGCGGCGGGGACAAGACAAAUGUUUCUCGGGGGACCUCACAAGUUUUUCUGAACUGUCCCUUGAAAGAAGCAUACUAAUAAAAUAAUACCGCGGUCGUAGCUGCAGUUUUGGAGUACGUAUCUUGAAUUUCCUUCUGAAAUCGUUGCAAAAAUGUCAGAAAACGCACCUACGCGGAGUCUGGAUGACAUCGACCUGGCCGCCCUGCGGGACCCAGCAGGAAUCUUUGAGCUGGUGGAAGUCGUGGGCAAUGGCACCUACGGACAAGUGUACAAGGGUCGUCAUGUUAAGACGGGUCAGCUGGCGGCCAUAAAGGUCAUGGAUGUGACUGAGGAAGAGGAGGAGGAGAUUAAAGCUGAGAUUAACAUGCUGAAGAAGUACAGUCACCAUAGAAACAUUGCCACCUACUACGGAGCCUUCGUCAAGAAGAGUCCGCCUGGACACGAUGACCAGCUCUGGUUGGUGAUGGAGUUUUGUGGCGCCGGCUCGGUGACAGACUUGGUGAAGAACACAAAGGGCAACUCUCUGAAAGAAGACUGGAUCGCUUAUAUCUGCAGAGAGAUACUGAGAGGUCUGUCUCACCUCCAUACUCACAAAGUCAUCCACAGAGACAUCAAGGGACAGAAUGUACUGCUUACAGAGAAUGCAGAGGUUAAACUCGUGGAUUUUGGGGUGAGCGCACAGUUGGAUCGUACAGUCGGCAGAAGAAACACUUUCAUUGGCACUCCCUACUGGAUGGCCCCAGAAGUCAUUGCCUGUGAUGAGAAUCCUGACUCCACAUAUGAUUACAGGAGUGAUAUCUGGUCUUUGGGAAUCACCGCUAUAGAGAUGGCUGAAGGAGCACCGCCGUUGUGUGACAUGCAUCCUAUGCGAGCUUUGUUCCUUAUCCCACGGAACCCUCCUCCUAAACUGAAGUCCAAGAAAUGGUCUAAGAAGUUUAUUGACUUCAUCGAGGGUUGUCUGGUGAAGUCAUAUCCAAGUCGUCCAUCCACAGAACAGCUCCUGAAGCACUCGUUCAUCAGAGACCAGCCCACUGAGAGACAGGUCCGCAUCCAGCUCAAAGAUCACAUCGACCGCACACGCAAGAAACGCGGCGAAAAAGAGGAGACUGAAUACGAGUACAGCGGUAGUGAUGAAGAGGAUGAGAACAGAGGAGAUGAGAGAGAAUCCAGCUCUAUUUUGAAUGUUCCUGGUGAGUCGACAUUGCGGAGGGAUUUCCUGCGGCUGCAGCAAGAGAAUAAGGAGCGUUCAGAGGCCUUAAAACGACAGCAGGCGCAGCUCGCCGCUCAGCGCAGAGACCCUGAGGAGCACAAACGCCAGCUGCUGCAUGACCGGCAGAAACGGAUAGAGGAGCAGAAAGAACAGAGGCGUCGCUUAGAGGAGCAACAGAGGAAGGAGAGAGAGAUGGUGCGGCAGCAACAGGAUAAAGCUCCUCACCGGAGACUCGAUGACAUGAGACGAGAGGAGGACAGGAGGAUGGCAGAGAGAGAGCAGGAGUUUAUAAGACAUAAGUUGGAGGAAGAACAGCGGCAGUUAGAGAUACUGCAGCAACAAUUACUGCAGGAGCAGGCAUUGCUAAUGGAAUAUAAGCGUAAACAGCUGGAGGAGCAGAGACAGUCGGAGAGACUUCAGAGACAGCUGCAGCAGGAGCACGCGUACCUCGUCUCACUGCAGCAGCAGCAGCAACAAGACAAGAAACCACAGAUGUACCACUACAGCAAGAACCUAGAGAACAACAAACCAGCCUGGGCUAGAGAGGUUGAGGAGCGCAGUAAACUGAACAGACAGGGCUCUCCCAAAAUCUGCACUACAGUCUCUGACACCAACAUCCAGUCCCGUUCAGAAUCUAUCAGCCAAUCAGGAGCUUCACAGACUCCACCUAUGCAGAGACCUGUAGAACCACAGGGUGGGCAAGGAAAGUUCCAGAUGGCCCACCUGGUGCCGUUAAAACCAUAUGCCGCUCCUGUCCCUCGCUCUCAGUCUCUUUGCGAUCAGCCCACUAAGACCAUGUCCGCCUUCCCCACCCAGGAUCCCUCUCCCACACCCACACCUCGUCCUCUACACUCCAGAGAACUAGUCCGUCAAAACUCUGACCCCACCUCAGAGACCCCCGCCCCUCAGUCUCGACCAAUGAGAGAUGACCGGGGACCCUGGAUCCGUCUUCCUGAGAUUGAACAACCUCCUAAAAUUCCUCAGAGAACAGCCUCCAUAGCCACUGCACUGAACACAAAUCUCUCCUCCGGUAUCAGGCACCCAGUCCGAGCAAGUAAUCCUGAUCUGAGUCGCAAUGAGCGCUGGGAGAGAGGAGACAGCAUGAGCAUCAUGUCCAACCUGCCACAGACCGGCUCUCUCGAGAGACACCGCAUACUCAGCUCGUCCAAGAUGGAUUCCUCCCCCACCCUCUCUCAUGACGGCCGACACAAACCAGGAGAAUCCCGAACCUCAUCAAGGCCCAGCAGGCCAGCGAGCUAUAAGAGAGCAAUAGGAGAGGACCAUGGCCUGUACUCUAAGGAGCGGGCAGAGGAGCAGCCGCGGCCCCCGGUGAAGGCUAAUGACUACUCCUCUUCCUCAGAAAGCAGUGAAAGCAGUGAAGAGAGUGAGAGUGGAGAGGGAGCAGAAGAGGAAAGCCCUACUGACCGCCCACGUGAUGCAGAUUCUGACUCUGUAAACACUAUGGUGGUCCAUGAGGAGGAGGAAGGUGAAGGAGGAGAUGAAGAACGUGCUGGAGGAUAUGGAGACCAAACCAUGCUUGUACAGAGGACCCCAGAGAAGCGUAGUCAUAAUGGAUACACCAACCUGCCUGAUGUGGUUCAGCCCUCCCACUCUCCCACGGACUCGGCCUCCCACUCUUCUCCUGGGAAAGACUCUGCCUAUGAUUAUCAGUCCAGGGGAUUGGUGAAGGCCUCUGGAAAGUCCUCUUUUACUACUUUUGUGGACCUAGGAAUGUACCAACCAUCAGGGGGCACAGGAGAUAACAUGUCUGUUGGAGGUCUGGGCUCUCGUUUUGAGCAGCUGAAGCUGGAGGUGAGGAAAGGCUCUAUGGUCAAUGUCAAUCCCACCAACACUCGUCCAGUUAGUGACACUCCUGAAAUCCGCAAAUACAAGAAGAGAUUCAACUCUGAGAUACUCUGUGCUGCUCUCUGGGGUGUGAAUCUGCUGGUAGGGACAGAGAACGGUCUGAAGCUGCUGGAUCGAAGUGGCCAGGGUAAAGUUUAUCCACUGAUCAACUCACGCAGGUUUCAGCAGAUGGACGUUCUGGAGGGACUGAACCUCCUCAUCACUAUAUCAGGCAAGAAGAAUAAGGUGCGUGUGUAUUAUCUGGCCUGGCUGAGGAAUAAAAUCCUCCAUAAUGACCCAGAGGUGGAGAAGAAACAGGGCUGGACCACUGUAGGGGAAAUGGAGGGCUGUGUCCACUACAAAGUGGUGAAAUAUGAAAGGAUUAAGUUUCUGGUUAUUGCUCUGAAGAAUGCGGUGGAGGUUUACGCCUGGGCUCCCAAACCUUACCACAAAUUCAUGGCCUUCAAGUCAUUUGGAGACCUGCCACAUAGGCCUCUGUUGGUUGACCUCACAGUGGAAGAGGGUCAGAGGUUAAAAGUCAUCUAUGGGUCAUGUGCUGGCUUCCAUGCCAUUGACGUCGACUCUGGAAACAACUAUGACAUCUACAUUCCUGUACAUAUCCAGUCACAGGUGAUUCCUCACGCCAUUGUAUUCCUGCCCAAUUCAGAUGGGAUGGAGAUGCUGUUGUGUUAUGAGGAUGAGGGUGUUUAUGUCAACACGUACGGACGCAUCAUUAAAGAUGUUGUGCUGCAGUGGGGAGAAAUGCCCACAUCAGUGGCCCACAUUUGCUCUAAUCAGAUUAUGGGCUGGGGAGAAAAAGCCAUUGAGAUCCGUUCUGUUGAGACGGGACACCUUGAUGGAGUCUUCAUGCACAAGAGAGCUCAGAGGCUUAAGUUCCUGUGUGAAAGAAAUGACAAGGUGUUUUUUGCGUCAGUACGUUCUGGCGGCAGCAGUCAGGUCUACUUUAUGACCCUCAACAGAAACUGCAUUAUGAAUUGGUGAAAGAGCUGCCACAUAAACAUAAAUUCUGCUGUGUGCACACAUACAAACACUGAAGAGAGAGAGUCCACACACACAACUACACCCACAUACAUUCUCACACUGUGUAAAUACACAAACAAACCUACAGAGAUAACACACACAGAGUUAUUUACUUCACAUCUUCCUGAAGACACUCCUUCACCAUUCUCCUGUGAUCUCUGAGCCAACUGUACAAGGCGUGCGUGUGUCUGCCGUGAGCGCACUGCUGACCUCAAUGUUGUGUUCAUCUUAUUAUGGGUUAGCUUUCAGCUCACUGGGGCCAACGUUCCUCUCCACUAAUAUUUCUGACGUUUUUAGGACCAGACGAAAAGGAUAACUGUACAUUAUUCUACUAGAAAUGUGUGUAAACUACAAGAGUCGUUCAAUUGUUGCACGUCUUGUGACGCUGCAGCAGUGGUGUGUGUGUGUUUGAGAGACUUUAUAAGCUACUUUGAGCAGCAGAAACAACUUGAAACUCCAGUGGUGUGAGAUGGUACUGCAACAUCUGUAAUUUUCCAUUUCCACUGUAUAGUGUAGUAGUCGUUUGUUAUUGGUUGCAUUCAGAGUUUCAGAUAAAAGUGAUAUGUUUUCUUUCAACAAGUAGAAGUUUAGAAACUGAUUUAAAAAUCUGAGUUUUAACAUAUUCUAAAAUGGCUUCCCUUCCGAAUGAGGGAAGGUUUUCACUUUCUUGAUGUAUAAACAAUAAUCUGACGCCUAUGUCACCAAACUGUUUGUUCGAUGGAAACGUUGGUGACCGCUUACGAAGCAGAAUCUAGCAUUUUACUUUUUCCACUAGUCAGCUGGUGAGACCAAGUCGCCCACAAUGGAGCAACAGUCUCUGGUUUCGCUUUUCAAAGCACUUUUUUUUUUUUUCUUUCUAUGUGAGAAGUAUCAUCAUAUAUACUACAGUUUAAUAUUCUCCGUAUGUAAACGUAUUUGGUAUUAUUCCUACUUUUAUUAUCUGCUGUUCUAUAGCUGUUCUAUUGCAAUACGUGCUGUGUGCUCGUUCUUGUUCGAAGUUUUAUGAGGGAGUUUCUCUUGGGUUAUUCUGAUUUUAGGUAGGAAGAUACAGUAAGUUACUCCGGAUAUGAUUGAAAGCACUUUUUGGCAGCAUAAACGUAUAGUUCAGUUGUCACAAUGUAAAUUGUACAUAGCAGCCAUGAUCGUAUUUAGAUAAGUCUCAUUUGUAUUCAGUAGGCACAUGAUUUUUUUUUAGGAGCUCAAUCACUACACGACUGCGUAAUACACUUGAGAGUGAUUUGAUAACUGAGUCGUGUUUGUGCUGUCAAAAUUGCUUAUGGAAAGUGUAGUUUUUUUUAGGCAGGCUUGUAGUUCAUCAGGGACGUGUGCAUUUGAUCAGACUUUUUUUGUUUAAUAUUUGGACCCCACCAUUUUUUAGCAACAGAAACGUCAUGCUUAAGACAAGGACUUGGGUGGAUCGGAGCAAGAAUAUUCUUUUGUUUAUUUAACAGUGUGCAAACGAUCCGUGUGUGUGUUUGUAUGUGUGUGAGUGUCUCAGUGGGAAAUAUUAAUCAGUAAGAUACAGUAGGAUCAGUAUAAAGCAAUAGUUUAAGGAUUAGUGACGGGUUUACGCCUGGUGUUACUGUCUCCAGCUCUGCAAUACUAGACCAGAGAUUAUUCUCAAGCUUUUCACUCAUUUCCAUGCAGAUAAUCUACAUUUACACGAAUAGAAUACCUUCACAAUCUAGACUAUUUGACAAAGUUGGUAUUAUAUUAUAUCACUGUAACAAGUUUGUGUACUCUAAUCACAGAAAUAUUUGACGCACUUUGGUCCUUCCUGAACAUUUUUCUAGUUAUUCACGCUAAAUGAUUUUUAGCACUGAUUUGUAAAGUAGCUUGUGGUGGCACAAUCAUCAUCGGUUACCUAAUUGUCCCUCCCCUCCCUCCGGACUUAUUGGCUGCUGUCGCACAGUCUAGACGACCACUAAAUGCCGAUGACACAUUCAGCCAGUCAUCAUUUAACAUUGCGGCGCAACACUUCAGACAAAUAAUUAUAAAUAGUUGCGUUUUCAAAGAGAGGCGAAGACUAAUAGUUAGAUUUUUCAUCAUCUGUAGGUGAGCAGAAUCAAACUGAACUUGAACACUACUGUGCCAUUAUGACUGAUUCACUCUCUCGGAGACUUAUUUCAUUUGUUCUCGGCCCUCAUCUCUUACUUGCUAUAGAACUUAAGCAUUUUCUUGCUUAGUAAAUCAAACUGCCAUGUUUACUGAAAUAACAGUGCCUUGGAUUAGGGUUGGGUGCAUUUGAUUGAUUGUGUGCAUGUGUGCGUGAGAGAGCAUGUGAUUGUUUCAAUAAGAACUGAAGUUCAGGGAAGAGAAAAGUCCAGUGCGCAGUUAUAGGUCUCGUGCCAACAAAGUGCACUUAAACUGACAAUAGCCAGAGCACCAAGACAGGCUCCUCUCACUCUUUUUAGCACAAAGCCAUGCCAUAUAGAGUUCAUUCCUCCAGAUUGAAGGCAGUGCGUUCCUCCGCAGUAUUUAGAUGUUUAUUUAACACCAUAUUACAGUUCAAACACCCUACAGUUACAUGACACGAUGAGCUCUUUGUUCCAAAGUGUGUGAUUGUGAGGCUUGUAGCUCCCAUUUCAGUGGCUAUAUCAUUUUGCCAAACAGGGAAAGCCACUUGUUUUCAUGCCGGAGGUUCACAAAAGGUUCGGGUUGUCAUGGUGAGGAGCUGCUCACAUGCUUGUGAUGUAACAGUCCCCGGCAUCCCAAGAGCUCUUGGAAUUUGCUGAGAUUUUGCCUUUAUGCUUAACAGUAAAUGUGUAUAACAGCGUUCACGCUAAUGGAUUGACUGAAUUUAUGUUUUUAUAGCAGAAUUAUGAUAUAAUAAAGAACAGAAUAAAAAUAGAGGGGAAAUAUAAAUUUAUAAAUUAGAUAGAAGAGUUUAUAUUUGGAUUACCAUGGCCUGUCAGGAUGAAGGGAAAUGAAAGGAGGAAGUGUGUGUGUGUGUGUGUGUGUGUGUGUGUGUGUGUGUGUGUGUAUAUAUAUAAAAAAUAUAUAAUCCCUGAAUUUUUCUUCUUCUUUUUGACCUAAAUAGAUGUGAAUUGACCAAAAAAAUUUAAUGACUGUAACCUUAUCAGUAGAAAUGGCUAAACAAUUGCAUUGAUAUAUGUAACAGCGUCUUUUGGAGCACAAAGCAUCUCCCUGUCGAGCUGUACAUUCAGCUAGACUCGUCUCUCUCUCUCCCCUCCUUUUUCCCAGCGAGUGUUAUAAAAGAGAGCGUGUGGGUGUGCGACUGUGCAUGUGUGAAUAGGAGAGCUAUUUUUGCGUGUAUAUCCGCGUGUGUGCUGUUCAUUAUUCCCUCAGAGGAAAGAGAGCGGGGGGAGAAAAAACAAGACCAGUCGAAAGCUAUUGAGGACCAGCAUGGUCAAACAUACACACGUCAUCACUGGACUCAAGCCACAGAUGCGACUCCUGUCAUGUUUGUAACGACGACCAAAUUAAACAUUUUUAGUCAUUUUGCAGCAACUGACCACAGUCCUGAUCUCGUACAAAAGCUCGUAUUGAAAUCUCACAUGUCAGGGGUUGUUUUGAAGGUACACGUUGUUGGCUUUAUUGCAGACGUUAUUGAAUGUAAUCAGUUUGUGUUAUUCUGGUUUAUUAAACUGAUCUGUUGGAUUGAAGGCUUGUAAGAGUUUUACAGAAUCCAUGGUUUAGGUGCACUUGUACAAAUGAUAGUUUACACUCCAUCCCCUUCCUAGAGUCUGCAACAGAUUUGAACAAAUGUUUAUCAUUAAAUGCCCAGUCUCUUUUAUAUCCACCAAGAGCAUAAUUUUAAACCAGUCAGUCUUUAAAAAGCUAGACCAGGUCAUGUGUGUAGCGAUCUUAGAGAGACGUGGAGCUGUCUGGUUUUCGUUUUAAGGCCUUUACUGCUGUGUUUGAGAUAUUUAUCUACUCUACGUGCUAUUAGCACUAUGCUAACAAGUGGCAUUUCUCUUGUCGUUCUCUAGUAAUACAAAAUUUAAUCCCUUAGCUGAUUUUUGUAAAAUAUUUACUACUCCAAAGAGAAAGAGUUCAUCAGUUGUAGUUCUUUUACUUUGUGUUUUUGGUUCAAUCUCAUAGCAGUAGCCAGGAGAGGUUAAAGGUUGGUUUUGGAGGUCUUGACAAAGUUGAUCCUCUGUGAUGGGUUGAUUAUUAUUCUUUUCAUUUACUUUAAAAAAAAAAAAAAAAUGUUUUGUUUCAGGAAAAAAAGUAGAUGUUUCAGACAUUUUUAGUGUUUCUGUUUAGGAAAAGGAAUGCUUCAGAUGAUUUCAUGAACAGAUGAUUUUAAGUCUUAAAGAUUGAAUGCAUUCAUAUGUCUGUAAUGUCUCAAUACAGCAUUAUUUGAGAAUUAAAAUAACUUGAUCUCUGUUACAA